GGUUCAAUAAGGUGGAAGUUUUGGUAGUCCUUAAAAACCAACAACAACACCAUCUUGGAAAUUUUAGCAAAGCAAUAAGUGUAUUUCUUUAAAAAUCUCUCUAAGUACCUGUAAUUAAUCAUGUCGGAAGACCGUCCAGUUAAAAGAAUCCCCAGUAUCUUUGACUCUGAGGAUGACAGUGACGAUGAACCGCCGUCUCCUGUGAUAUUUAGACCCAAGGUUCCACUGCCAGCAACAGUAACUACAAAUGACAUCAGUGAACCACCAGCUACAAAGCUGCCUGUUGUUAGCGAAUCAUCAGAGAGUGAAGACAGUGAGGCAGAGCUGGUGGUGAAGUCGCAAGCUGUGGCAGAAACUGCCAGUCCUUCCAAAGAUGGCCUCUCUUCUCAUGAAGAGAGUGAUGAUUCUGAGGAUGAAACUGAAGCAAAAAAAUUGGACUUCAGUACUGCAGUAAUGAAAGAAAGUCAUGAUGAUGAUGGUGAUGAUGAUGAUGAUGAUGAUAAUGAUGAUGAUGAUGAUGAUGAUGAUGAUGAUGAUGAUGAUGAUGAAGAUGGUGAUGAAGAUGAGGAUGAUGGUUUAAAUAUUAGUGAUUCCAGUCAUGAAAAUAUAGAAGGUAGUGAUGCUAAUAAAGAAUAUGAAAAUGACGAUAAUAAUAUGAUAGAUGAGGAAGAGGAUGAUGAUAAUGAUGAUGAUGAUGAUGAUGACACUGAUGAUGAUGAGGAUGAGGAUGAUGAUGAGGAUGAUGAUGAAGAGCUAAAUAAAAGUGGCUCUAGCCUUGAUAUAGAUGGGGAAGAGAGUGACACUAAAGAUGGUAGAGAAUUUGAAAAAGGCUCAUUUCCAAGUAAGAUUGAAGGCAUUGGUGAGAAUAUCAAAGAAGAUAAUUAUAUUGAUAAUGAAGCUAUGGAUUUUAAUUGUGAUAAAGAAAAAAGUAUUGACAAAGAAGAAAAUACUAGUGGUACUCUAUAUGAUAUAAAAAAAUGUAUAGACAGUGGAAAGGAAGCAAAGGCAUUAGUAAUAGAGAAAGACACUGGAAGUGAGAACAGGGAAAAGGAAGUUGUAAGCCAUGACACAGUUGACUUAAUGGAAGUUGAUGACUCCGAAUCAAAACAUGUCGAGAAGGUUAAGAAACUAACAGAUAAAGCUGACAUAAAGCUAACACAAAUGGAAGUUGUUGAGACAUUAACAGAUGUUGAUACAAAGCCCGACAUAAAACUAACACAUUUGGAAGCUGAGACAUUAAUAGAUGUUGAUACAAAACCAACACACAAGAAAUAUAACGAAAAAUCUGUUAGUGUGACCGAAAAUGUUGACAUUGAAAUGGAAGAUGUUGAUAGAGAAAAUAGUCCAGACAGUGAUGGCACAUCAUUAUCAGAAAGAAAAAUGGAUGAAGUAGCUAAAGACAGUGAAAUUGAAGGUAUGGAGUCAAUGGAAAAAGAUGAAAAUAAUUUUCCAAAAGAUGCAGAGAAAGAAGAAAAGAAAAACAUUGAAGACAUUGUUGAGAAAGAGGAUAAAAAUUCUCAAGGCGAGAAAGAACAGGAAAUUGUAAGUACUGAUGCAUUUGACACUAAGGAAGAGGAGGCAAUGGAAAUUGCAACAGAAGAGGAAGACAGUUCAUUGCUCCAUAAAGAAGGGGAUGAAAUUAAUGAAGCUUCUGAAAGAGAGAAACAUGAUGAAGUUAAAGAGAAAGAUGAACAUAGAGAGUUAAAAGAGCAAGAUAUACACAAAGAGCUAAAAGAACAAAACAUACAUAAAGAGCUUAAAACACAAGAUGUACAUACAAAGCUCAAAGAAAACAAUAAACAUAUAGAGGUUAAAGAGAAAGAUCAUUGUAUAGAGUUUGAAGAGAAGGAUGAACAUAUAGAGAUUAAAAAGAAAGAGGAACAUAUGGAGGUUAAAGAGAAAGAUGAAUAUACAGAGGUUAAAGAAAAAGAGAGUGAGUGUACAGAGAUGAAAGAGAAAGAUGAUGAGAAAGACACCUCUGUAGAGGAGGAAGAGGAGAUUGGUAGAAAUGUUGAGGCUACUAAGCAACAAAAUGUGAGCACUGAAGAUGAAAAAAUGAAGGAAAAAGAUGUGAAGCUCUUGGAAGGUGGAGAUCGUAGCAAAGUUACUUCAGCUGAUGAAAAUGAACCAGAGAAAGUGGUAUCUAUAUCACAACAAGUACAGAAAACAAAAACCGUGAAAGGCUCUUUCUGUGCAAAUGUGGAUAUGGAAAAAUCCACAAAUUAUAAGAAGUCAAAAGGUGCAGGUGAUAAAAUAUCUGCUUCUGUAGGAAGAGAAGCAGCACCACCAUUAGUACGGAUCCCAGUGAAGGUAGAGGAUGUCUACACUGACUCAGAAGAAGAAAAAGAAGAUAGUCAAGAGCCAAACAAAACUAAGGAGAAGAGUACAAGUGAUGUUCCUGUCACCAGUGAGACAGACUCUGCAGAUGAAGUGGACCAAAAAGACAGCUUGUCUGCACCUGGUAGUUCACGAGGAAGUAGCAUAGAACCAGGAAAUAUUCCCCGUGACUCAAGUCUUAAAGCUUCGUUGGGAAGGAAUUCCCCAUUAACCCCUGAUGAAAAGUCUCUGAAAAAGCUGUCUAUGUUGACUUCAGUCCUGUGCAUCCCUCGACCCCCCAAAAAAUAUAGUAGAAAACCAUUCAGUUUGGAAGACUGUAUGAAGGCAUUUGAAAAAGGAUGGAAGCGUGAGAUUGUUUAUCGGGCAACUGUUGAUCCACAUAAGAGUGGAACUAAAGCUGAUAUUUAUUAUUAUUCUCCUACCGGGAAGAAACUGCGAUCAAAAGUGGAGAUUGAAGAUUACAUGUCUCGACAUGAAAUUAAGGACCUCUGCUUGGAAAAUUUUACCUGGAUUAAAGAGCCAAUAGGGGUCAAAGAAGAAUAUGAGCAGAUUCGUCAUGCAUCAAAAUACUUGAAAUGGUGUGCUGCAAACUCAGAGCAGCCCCACAGCUCACUCACGUGUAUCCUCAACAUACAUACAGGUGCUGGUGGCAGUCGUGGAAAGUCCAGCACACCAAGUGUUUGUGCAACACCUCCCCAAGUGACAAAGUGUGAACCAGUUAUGCCUUCUGUUACACCUGUGUCAACAAAACGUAAAAGAGGUAGACCACCAAAAACACCUAGUGAAAAGCCUGCAAAGCGUGCUCGUAUGAAGAUCACUCCUAUUGUUCCAUUGAGUUUAAAGCGAGAGGUGGAGCCUAGCCCAAGUGUUAAAAAAACUUAUCCUCAGACUCCAGUGACAGUGAAGUCAUCAAGUGCUGUGAACACCCAGGCAACUAGUAGUUCCCCUGUCACAUUGCCAGCUCCUAUACAACCUUCAGUCAACAAAAGCUGGAAUCCUGUGAUAACCUUAGCAAGCACACCAAAUCUGAGUAGUAGUACCAGUCAACGACCAAUUCUACCUGCUCCUCCCAAGGCUGAUCUCAAGCAGCUCAAAAGCAAUAUUGUAUACUCUACAAAGAUAUGCAAUGAACCUAUAGUCCCCUCCAAAAUAUUGACACCAAUGCUGUCCAGUGAGAUGCGUCAACGAACCUUCCACUGCACCGGACACUGUCUCCUAGGUGGUGGGAUGGUACCAUGCCUGCAGUGUGUAAAAUGUCUUUGCCUCUUUCAUCCAGAAUGUACCUAUAUGCCACCUCCCACUGUUAAUAUUAUCCAGUCUGGAGCUGCAAAGUUCCUAUGUCCUAAUUGUUACAGAGAGAUCAAAGAAAAUGUUGGCAUAAAUAAAUGGGUCCCUCCCAGGUCAUAUGAGCCAUUGUCUUAUGACCCUCCAUCUGAAGACUCGGAAAAUGAAGGUGAAAGAAUAGAUCGAGUUAUAUCUUAUGAAAACUACGCACGGGUUAGUCUUCGACCUGACAUACCUCUCACACCCCCUAGCUCACCACCUCCACCAGGUUGUAAAGUCCAGGAGGAGGCAAGAAGCAAAAUGUUAAGUGGAUGUCAGGCAGCUUCACUUGAAGCUGCUGCAAGAAUUGCUGAAUCUUCAACGACAGUGAUGAGUAACAUGCAGACCACACAGUUAGGAUCUGGUCAAGCUGCUUCUGUCAUGAGCAAUAAUACUGGUAUUAUGGGAGGAGGAGGAGGAGCAGGAACUCAUGCUAACAUGGCUGGGAAUCAGAUGCUUCAGCUACAGGCUCCAGGAUCCAGUGCCACACGUUUCCUCCUUGUCCGUGCAGGGGCCAAUGGAGAGGUAGCCCCAGUGCAAGGUGGAACGCAUGUAGGAAUACCCAGAGGAAUACUUUUGCCCACCAGUCUAGUUGGUGGGCAGAUGCCCUUCAUGCUAGCUGGAUCAUCACCUCGGCAGCAACAAGGCACAACGCCCAUCAUGCUGUCAGGCUCCAUGCAACAGCAGCAAGCUACCAACCCUCUCAUGUUGUCUGGAAACCUCCAGCAGCAACAGGUUGCCACUCCCAUUAUGCUCUCAGGCUCGGCACAUCAUCAACAAGUUUCAUCCCCUAUCAUGCUGCCUGUUCCUACCUCUGCACAACAACAGCAGGUUGCUGCUUUGUUCCAACAAGCCACAUCCAUGAUGCAGCCAACACUGGAAAAACCAUCUGAAAAACAGCAAAAAUCAUUUUCAAAAGGUGGUCUGAAAUCAGAAUGUCAGUACUUCCUUCGUGAUUUAAGUCAGAGCUACCGAUUACUGCUUCGUGUUUUUAAGUACCUGUCUGUAAAGGAUUUAUUGAAGGCAUCUCAAGUUUGUCUUCUCUGGCGAGAUUUGGCCUAUAGCCCUUCUCUGUGGAGAACUGUUCGUCUGCGAAAUGUGUGCGUCCGUGAUUGGAAUGAUCUAGCUAGAUUUUUAGAGAGGCGUAAUACAAGAAAUAUCGACUUGAGAAAAAUGGUCUUUAGAGAAAAGCUUGGUAGGAACAAAACUGAGAGCAGUGAUACCAACAAAGAAGAGUUCAGCUCUCCAUCAAGAAGAAAGUCAGAAGGACUUAGUACAAAUGCUACAACUUCAUCACCUGAUAACCUCACUACUAAGCAGGAUUCCUUGGCUUCAGUGAAUGAAGAUUUGCCAGAAGAAUUAUGCUCCACAAAAGAAUAUAGCAACAAAACUAAAGAAAGACAUACUGAAGAUGGGAACAUCGAUAAAAGACGUAAGAAGAAUGAAAGUUCUGAAAAUCAAGAAUCUAGAGGAACAAUUACAAGCACUUCAGAGACACCAGAAAAUAAUUAUCUAAAGGAAAUUUCUCAAGAAGACAAAGAGAUGGCAGAAAAUAAGAAUGAUAUUCUUGGUAAGAGCACAUCUCAAAAUGCAGUACAGAGGGAUGGAAAAGAGAUUGUAAGUGGCUCUGAUGCUGAGGAAAAUAAAGGCAGUUCUAAAGAAGAUAUUCUAAAUGUAUCACAAGGCUCUGAAAGUCUCUUCCAAAAAUCAAGUUCAGAAAAUUGUAAGGAUGCAGAAGGUUUACCAACAUUUGAGCCAAAACAUGAUGAUGAAAAAAUGGAAUGUGAUACUGUUGAAGGGAUUUCUGAUAAAGAUAGAGAGACAUCAAGAAGAAAAGCUUCGAAAGCAAAGGAUUCCAGGGAGAAACAAAAUAUAAGAAAGACAGAAGAGGAGGUUUGGAAAGUCAUCUUUAAUGCAUUAGGCACUGUGAGGAGCAUGAGGGCUGUGACUCUUCCCACUUGUGAAGGUGAGGUUCUGCAGAUGCUCCUCACAAGAUGUAAACAACUUACUUCAGUUAGUGCUACUGAAUUCCGUUCAGCUUCAGGUGCUGCCAGGUUUGAUCCAGCUUAUCUAAUGGAAGCCUCAGAGUUAGAGGAGCUGCGAAUUGGUUCCUCAAAGGGCUUUUUUCUGACUAACAACUUCAAUUUUAUAAAACUACAAAAGCUCCGGGUGUUGGUGAUGAGGGGCUUGUCAGGACCUUGUUGGCCCUACCUGGGCACUAACCUUACUUCACUUCAUGUUGGUCCCAUCAGCAACUUUUCUCCACAGACUUGGAUUAAUAUUGGCAGUAUGACAAACCUGGAGGCACUUUGGCUUGAAGAUGGAGGCUCUCUUAAUGACGCUUUCAUUUAUGAUGCAAUAAGUCGACUCUGCAAGCUGAGUCGAUUAUGCCUCUUCAAUUUCACUGUGGGAGCCAAGCUAGGACAGGCAGUAAAAAAGCUGCUUCAUCUAGAGAGAUUAUUUGUUCUACCAGCACCAUCAGAGGAUGGAAACAUUAGCACACAACAUGGAAACAUGCUGGCAGUAACAGAAACUAUGCGCCAUGUUGAUGAGCUUGUGUGGGCCAUACGGUUCCAAGAUAUUCAGACUAUUGGUGAGGUUGACCACAUUCAGAUGUGUCCUACAAAAGCUAAGAUGUAUACCGGUUUUACAAGUAAUGAUGCACCUGAUGUUAAUCUGUGGACUCUGCAACGUCUGGAGACAAUAGUGAAACGUCAUCUUCCUCGAACUAAGGUUCGCAUUAUGAAAUUAGACACCACAGCUGCAUCUCGUUUAGCAAUGUCAACGCUCUGAUUUUUCAACAUGAUGCAUAAUAUUAAUACCAUGUGUAUUUCAAUUUAACGUUCAUAAAAUAUUUUAAGAUGCAUCCAAGAGUAUAUUCAACAUUAGUUUCAAAUCAAUAUUUGCAUUAGAAAUUCUUGGUAAAUUAAUAAAAAAUAAACAGUA